UUCCGUCAGGAAGAUCCGCAUGGAAAAGGAGGGAGCGGGAGCAAGACCAAUUUGUACAUGUCAGAUACACGAGCAGGCUUAUGGAGGCGGUACCCCUGAGAAGCAUGGUCCUAGAGGCGCUGAAGCAGGUGAUGGGGGAGAGAUCGACAACUUGGUUGGAGGAUGUGAUCAUCGGGUGGCGAUAUGACGAAGUUUUAGGUGCCAAGGUUUGCAAACCAGCAAGGGUGUUCAGGAGGUUCAGGAUGAACGAAUGGGAAGCAGGGUAUGUAUCGGAGUUCUGCCAGUACGGCGCAGGGAGGUACGCCGAGUUCCUCAACACUGCCACCAUCAAGAUGCUCCCGGAAGAAGGUACCUUGCACGUCAUCACAAAUGAUACCGACCUAACGAACAAUGGCCAGUUGCAGCUCAUGCUUAAUGCGGGUCUGAAUCACAUCCCGCUAAGAUCGCUCGAUGAGGAGUUUGCAAUUGACGAGGUCGAGGUGGUGCUGGAUAAGAUACUCACCAUACGGAGAUGCGAUGAAGAGCUGUCCCUAGGGGAGGAGAGGUAUCUAGUUUGUCAUACGGACAAGGCGCCACACACCCCCACGUUCGCCUGCAUCAACUUCAUCAGGCGGCUGGCGUUGCAGAGACUCUCGGGGCUGGACUUCACUCCGCUCCCGGAUACGCCGGAGCAGGCCACGGCAAGGCUAAUGCAAGAGGCUGCUGCCUACACUCAUGUUGGGCACGAGGCGCUGCCACUCCCGCACCUCAUGACGGUAUACAAUGCACACAAGCAGUCCUUCAGAUGGAUUACGAACACGGCGGACUCGGUGCUUUCCCCGGUGGCAGUCGUUUGCGAAUGUCUACUAAAGCUCCUGGCGGGGGAUGUUCAGGCCCUCUGCACAAGUAAGAGCGAAGAGGUUCGUGCCGAGCAUGGGGUCAAACCCAACUUCUGGUGGCCGAUCUCCUCGAUAGGGGAGUUCGUUGCAAACAUCCCCGGGCGCAUCUACUCCAUCUUCACCGGGGAUAUCACAAGGUGUUUCGAGACGAUACCCACGGACGAAUCAGAGGACGGGCUGCUGAAGGCGAUCAGUUUCUUUGUUAGCUGCGCCAUGGAAUGGAGGAGGGCCAGGACGACCAGGGAUGUGAUUGCAAUCAGGGUCGCAACAAACGACACACUGCACCCUUACUGGGUAGCUGGCGAUCAGGACAGGGACAGGGACAGGCUGUACUUCGACAAACAAGGGAUCAUCGACGUUUGUGAGUGGCUUGUCUCCAACGGGGUGGUACAGAUGGGGAACAGGGUCUGGAAACAGAUCCUCGGGAUUCCCAUGGGUCUGGCUUGUUCCCCUAUCUUUUGUGAUGUGUAUUUCUUCAAGUACGAUUACGGACUAAUCUCGCACCUGUUCAAAAUGCAGGAUUGGGCGGCAGUUAGAUGCUUCGAAGUGAGAGAGCGCGAGCUGCUGGGUGUACGAUGGAGCCUUGUCCAGAGACUGGUGGUUGUCAUAUUGUUCGGCACUUGGGCGUUCCCUCCUCCCCGCAAAAGCUUGUACUUGCGGGGUGUUGCUGCGGAGAGAGCCCGUGUGGCAUCCGGCCCUGUGCUGAGCCAAUGCAAGGCUAUGACGAGGGAGGAGUGUUGGGCAGAGGAACCCAUUACAAGAGAUGGCGUUUGCGUGUGGAAGCCCCUCUGCGUAUCUCCCGACGAUGAAUGCACCAAUCUCCCCUGGGAAUCAUGCGGGCCCAUUGACACCACUGGUUCACACAAAGGCUGCCAAUGGAUUGGAACUGCCAAAAUUGGACUCUGUGUGAGAGAAAAGAGAUCGAAUCUGUGCUUCUGGAGGACUUUCCACUCCACACAAAUUUGUGAGAGCACAUUCUGGGAGACUUCGGCAGAUAGGUUUGGGGGAGCCAACCGCAUUGGUGACACCAUUGAUCGUUUAGCUUCGCCAAGAAUGAUGACAAACGGUCAUGAAAACUCCUCCGACCAGGCGUUGCCUGAGGUGAUGUACAUGUCACGCUCAUCUGCACUGAGUGGUUAUGUCGUGCCUCCGAGGGACCGGCAGAGGUUAUGCAUAUCAUCAGCCCAAGCUGGCAUUUGUCUUCUUGUCAGUGAGUCACUGCCUGGUCAGCGACAUCAGCCUCCAUUGCCGAACUCGUUGCAGCUCGGAGGUUCCAUCAAUAUGUCUCCAGAUACUGCCACUACAAGCUCUGUGUGGGGAGGUGUUGGUGAUCAUCGUGGUUUUGUGGAUCCGGUCUUAUCGAGUUUUUUUGCCGUCAGAGUUGGUAGCAUGCCUAAUUGGGCCAUUGGAAGUCCAAAAAAGAGUGGGAGGAAUCCGGUCCACCCUCAAGUUCUUGGAAACCAUUCAACGGUAUCCUCUGGCUCCUUGGUGAGGAACACAACAAAAGGUCCACAUGGCAUGCCAGAUCAUCAUGCAAAGAAUGCCUCGAUAGCUGUCAUCACCAAUGCAGCUUUUUAUGAAUAUGAUUUGUACGAUUACUCGGACACACCAAACUGCAGUAUGGCCAGCAGUAACAUGGACUUGUGCCUCAAUAUCACACAUUGUACCUACACUUACCGCUGUCGCAUUGAUAUGGAUCCUUGUGGGAAGUACACAUCUCCAAUGGCUUGCUCGGAGUCACAGGCAUACUUAGGCUGCUAUUGGGAUGAGAACGCUGAUCCAAUCACCUUACCUAUUUCAGAAGGUCAGAAUGAUAACCAGGAAAGCACACAGGAGGAAGAGGCUGUCUCUCCAUCAACCGAACUCAGCGGUACCAACAUGCUUCUACCUUCCACUCAGUCUUUGGUUCGUGGUCAUGGGAAGAAUGACCUGGCUCAAGAAGAAGGAUCUGAAGGGUCAACGGAAGUAACAUCUCCGGUGAAGCUUGCAUCUGUAAGCAGGAGAGGUGUACCCACACUUAGGAAACAGCAGCCAAACAUGAAUGCAAUCAAGCGGCAACAGUUGGACGAAGUUGGAAUAGCCGUAUACAGUGGCAGAUGCUUACAAGGUCCUAUGUACAGUCCUACAGGAGAGGCUAUACCAUGGCCACCACUUGAUUAUGCACAGUUCUGUGAAUCCCUUGACUUGUCCCAAUCUUGUCUGUCAUACCCAUCCUGCAAGCUGACAGCUGGCUGCUACCCUCACUAUUGUGAGCUGCACGACCCAUGUUGCCCUAUCAAGACUGAGGAUGCCUGCAUCAACGCUACUGAGACUCUGGGAUGCGCUUGGGCUGAAGAGUGUGUACCAUUUACAGACUCCUGUCGUGUGCUGGGUAAAACACAGUGCCAGAAGGAGACGCGCUGUAGAUGGAGAGGUUCAGAGCGGCAUGGAUACUGCAUUGAUGCUUUCGACGCCUGCUAUAGUGCAACAAGAGAAGAGUGUGAACAUACUCAGGACAAGAACGGCAAAGCGUGUGUUUCAAUAUCUGCCUGCAUCGAUUCCUGUGUGGGUUGCGGCGAUUGCAUGUCCCAAGUUGCCCAGUAUAUCGCUACUUCGCAGAGUCCUGACGCGCUUUCUAUUUUCUGUCAAGCUUUUGCUGGAGCACAAACUGACGACCCACUGGUAUGACGUCUCUAAUUAACCUCCCCUGCUUUUCAAAUGGAGUAGUGAUUGAUCAAAAGCUCGAAACACAUCCUUUGUAGAUACAACUUCCAGAACUCAGAACCGCAGCCAGGCAUUUCAAUGCAAGUGGAAAGACUGUUUGUCCUCUCUGUUGUUUUAGGACUGAAGGGCCAGAUGGCUUGGGAUAAACCAAGAGUCCUCGACAAGGUACACGAGAGUCCUAGUAACUAAAGAUGGCCUCGAUAGACCGGUGGCUCACACCUUGUUAACUAACAAAGUAAACAAAAUGGG